AUGCGGCCGAUCCUUCUUAGCGGGCACGAGCGUGCGCUCACCCAGGUGAAAUACUCCAAAGAAGGCGAUCUCAUUUUCUCCGUCUCCAAAGACCAUGUCGUGUGCGCGUGGUAUAGCGCGAACGGUGAGCGCUUCGGCGCAUACAAGGGACAUCAGGGUGCACUCUGGACUGUCGACGUCGACCCGACCACGACUCUCUUGGCUUCAGGAGGCGCAGACAACACGAUACGAUUGUGGGAGGUCAAGACUGGCAGACUGCUCAAGACGUGGGAAUUUGGCACUGCGAUCAAGCGCGUGGAAUUCUCAGAGGAUGGAAAACAACUUCUCGGCGUGACGGAAAAGAGACAAGGACAGCUCAGCAGUAUCGUGGUCUACGACAUCAACCAGGACCCCGAGGGCGAGCAGGUCGAUGAGUACAGCUUGCGCAUCGUGGUUGACGACAUUCCCAAGGUCACAGUCGCUGGCUUCUCAUAUCUCACCAAGUACAUUAUCGCAGGACACGAAGACGGCAGUGUGACUCAGUAUGAUGCCAAGGACGGAAGCGAGCUCAACCACACCUACCCACACGAAGAGAACUCGCUCGUCACCGAUCUGCAGUGGAGCACGGACCGAACAUACUUCAUUACUGCCUCGAAAGACAAGACUGCGAAGCUCAUCGACGCGAAGACGCUCGACGUUCUUAAGACAUAUGUCGCCGAUACCCCUCUGAACAGUGCUGCCAUUACUCCCGAACCCACAAACUAUGUCAUCCUUGGUGGUGGUCAGGCAGCUAUGGAUGUGACCACAACCUCAGCGAGGCAAGGAAAAUUCGAAGCCAGAUUCUAUCACAAGAUUUUCGAGGAGGAGGUUGGUCGAGUGCGUGGUCACUUCGGUCCUCUCAACUACGUUGCUGUGGAUCCAACUGGGAAAUCCUACUGCUCUGGUGGUGAGGACGGAUAUGUGCGUGUGCACCACUUUGAUCCGCCAUACUUUGACUUCAAGUUCGAGGUUGAGAGGGAACGGGAAAGGCAGAUGUAGAAGUGGCAAAGUGCAUGAGAGACGAACCUAGAUGGUUGGGUGGAUAUGGCAUACAUGGCAUGGCGUUACGGCGCUGGCAAAAA